AUGAAUUUACAUUAAGAUUUGCCAUUUCUAUAAUUAUUUAGUACUGAGUUUUUCGAUUUAAAAUUUAAAAGAAAUGGUUUAAACAGAUUAAAAUUUUGUUAACAAGAAGCCUAAAAACCACAAAAUAGUGGCUAAUCUUUACAAGAAAGUAGUUAAAAAUUUGUACAAAAAAAUUUUGAAUUAUUGAGAAUUAAAAUAGAUUUUAAAAACUAAAUUUUGAAAAAGGAAAUAGAGAGUAAAUGGGCAUUUUAAAAUUUAUUAAUUCCAUUAAACAUAGAACUUAAAAUAAAUUCAAUAUCUUCAGACACAUAUUAAAAUAUAGUGAGUAUAUUUAAAAAUUUUAAGUUACAUUAGAAAAUAAGGUAUAUCAAAUUAAACUGGCCAAAAAAAAUUAAGAUUAAACCUUAUAAAAAUUAAAUACAAAACAUUUUUUAUAAAAUAAAAUAUCUGGUAGAGUUUAAGUAAGUAUUUAUUUGA